AAGUUAGCGACAAAUGCUGGAAACUAAACGUAGAAACUGAUGAGAGGGGCGGACAUUUCGAAGAUCAACCUCCCCAACUGUGCUUAACCAAACACACACGUAGUGACUACUCUUCUUCUUCAAGCUCUCGAUCUAACCCACAAAAUUCCUCUAUAAAUCGCCAUCUCAGACCAUUUUCACCAUUUCUGGUUCGUCAAAAUCCCCAGAAAUCUCUCGUCUGCAUUUUGCUCUACUCGAUUAGCUCCCUCCAACAAUGGAGUCCUCUGCUGUUUUCCGAUCCUUUAACUGUUCUGUAGGCACAGUUUCUCAUGUUCGGUCCUCGCUUGACAAGCCUGGUAUGCUUGCUGCGUAUAAUACCGCAAGGCCUACCGUGAGUAGAUCAUACUUCCAAGGCUUGAUGGUUAGUGAGAAGUUCAUUUAUUCUCCACAAAAGCGGAGGGGAGUGCCAGUAUCAUGUGUGAAGACAUCUGAAGCUGCCAAGAGUGAAAAAUCCAGCGAUAGUAAGCCACAAGUCUCAUCUGAGAGAACUACUCAACCCGCAACUUUUCCUAGUGGAUUUGAGGCACUAAUGCUAGAAGUCUGUGAUGAGACAGAAGUUGCUGAACUGAAACUUAAGGUUGGAGACUUUGAAAUGCAUUUGAAGCGGAAUAUUGGAGCCACCAGUGCUCCUGUGUCGAGCAUCUCGCCAGCAGUAGCACCACCUAUUCCAAGUAAACCCAUGGUUGAAUCAGCUUCUGCUCCCCCUCCAGCACCAGCACCAAAAUCUUCUUCUGAAAAAGCCACUCCAUUUACCAACACUUCUGUAGACAAGUCAUCAAGAUUAGCAGCCUUGGAGGCUUCUGGAGCUAAUGGAUAUGUUCUGGUUUCUUCUCCUACGGUUGGUUCAUUCCGAAGGGGUAGAACAGUGAAAGGAAAGAAGCAACCUCCAAUCUGUAAAGAGGGUGAUCUGAUCAAAGGAGGACAAGUAGUUGGAUAUGUGGAUCAGUUUGGCACUGAACUUCCUGUGAAGUCAGAUGUGGGCGGAGAAGUUUUGAAGCUCCUCUUCAAUGACGGAGAAGCCGUUGGUUAUGGAGACCCACUUAUCGCUGUCUUGCCAUCAUUUCACGGUAUCAAUAUCAAGUGAGCUUUCUCUCUUCCGGUAAAUUCUUGUUGAAGAGCUACGAGGCUUGCAGUUUUCCACAGUCAUUCUUUCCAUCAGUGUCUAUUUACGUUGUGGCAUUAGGCGACACGCGUAUUUCGCAAUAUUUAUUUCAAUAUUUCUGGUCAGGAAAAUUGACUGUAGAUCAAUGAAUAAUUUGAUUGAGCUUCUAUAAUCGUUGUGUUAGUCUAUUGGACAUUGUCUUUGUUGUUGGUGGUUAAAUUCCGUGAUAAAUGUAGUGCGUAUGAAGGGAAAACUUUUUUCUUUUCUUUUUCA